AUGAGCCGGAAACUUCUAGAAGAAGAACAUUUCAAAGAUUCAGAAUUGCUAUUCAAUUUUGGAAGUUUGGAAAAUCGGAAAAAAUAUUCCACACGAAAAGUCAUUUUUUCAACUACAAACUAUACAAAUCCCACUAACGUAGAAUCUACAGUAUCUCAAUACAAUGACGACUGUAAAAUACCACAAAUCGAUCCAUGGGAUUAUACAGUAAUCCCAUUUUUGGACGAAAGCGAUAAAACGAAAAACUGCAAUCGGACAUGGAAACCGUAUACAGAAUUGGCGAAGGGAAAAUGGAAAAUUGUCACUAAGGAGCAGAAUUUAACUUGUAAGGCAAGUUUAGUAUGCCACACCUGGACCAGCCUAAAAAGUCCCGUAAACAUAACCGAUUGGUUUCCACCGGGACCCACGGAUUGUGAAUUUCUGGAAACUGCUUGUUGGAAAAAUAAAACCGAGGAGGCCUAUGGAUAUAUUCAUACACAAAUUCGACCAAAAAAUUUGGAAAAGCCAAAAAUCAGAAAGGAGGAUCAUCCGGAUGUUUUUGUGUUUUUAGUGGAUUCUGUGGCAACUGGAAUGGCCAGACGAUCUCUCCCGAAAACCCUUGGAUACCUAAAAACCAAAUUCAAAGCUGUCGAAUUUCCAUUUGUGAGCCCAGUCGCCGCGCGGAGUCAAGUCAACGCUGUCCCUUUAUGGUUUGGAAAACAAGUGGAAGCUGGAACUCAAAAAGGUGGAAAAACAAUAAAAGUGGAUUGGACGGAGGAGGAGUACUGUAAAACGUUUCUGGAUAAUCGCACGGAUAUGUUUAGGGAGUUUGAGAAAAUUGGGUAUAAGACAGCCUACAUAGACGACUGGUCCAGUCAAACGCUCACAAACAAUCCGGAUUGUAAAGGCUUCCAAAAUUUCUACACCACUCACAAUUUCAAUUUAUUCAACAAAAUAUGGGAUUAUACUGGAUUGAAGAUCACCAAGAAGCAUUUAAAUGGACAAUUCUGUCGAGAGGUCCAUCAAUCGGCUAUGGAAUAUUUUGAGCAGUUUGCAGAGGCCUAUUCAGAUGAUCCAAAAUUCUCAUGGAACUGGUUUGUACAUUUGGCACAUAGUCAUUUGUCGGGAGCUGAUCGAAUGGAUACCCCUAUGGUGGAUAUGUUCAGAAGGAAUAUGGAGAAGGUCCGGCCCAAACAGCUCUAG